GUGGUGGCGGGAAUCGGAAAGGCAAAAGCAAGAAAUGGCGACAGAUGCUGCAGUUCCCCCACAUCAGCCAGUGUGAAGAGCUGCGGCUCCGCCUCGCUCCUACCCCUGCUUGCAGAGCGUGACUACCACAGCCUGUGCGAGCGGCAGCCCAUUGGGCGCCUGCUGUUCCGAGAGUUUUGCGCGACGAGGCCUGAGCUGACCCGCUGCAUUGCCUUCCUGGAUGGAGUGGCCGAGUAUGAAGUGACCCCUGAUGAGAAGCGGAAGGCCUGUGGGCGGCGGCUAAUGCAGAAUUUUCUGAGCCACACGGGUCCUGACCUCAUCCCUGAGGUCCCCCGGCAGCUGGUGACUAAUUGCUCCCAGCGGCUGGAGCAGGGGCCCUGCAAAGACCUCUUCCAGGAGCUCACCCGGCUGACCCAUGAGUACCUGAGCGUGGCUCCUUUUGCCGACUACCUCGACAGCAUCUACUUCAACCGUUUCCUACAGUGGAAGUGGCUGGAAAGGCAGCCAGUGACCAAAAACACCUUCCGGCAGUACCGGGUCCUGGGCAAAGGCGGCUUUGGUGAGGUGUGUGCCUGCCAGGUGCGGGCAACAGGCAAGAUGUACGCUUGCAAGAAGCUGGAGAAGAAGCGGAUCAAGAAGCGGAAAGGGGAGGCCAUGGCGCUCAAUGAGAAGCAAAUCCUGGAGAAAGUGAACAGUAGGUUUGUAGUGAGCUUGGCCUAUGCCUAUGAGACCAAGGACGCGCUGUGCCUGGUGCUGACGCUGAUGAACGGAGGCGACCUCAAGUUCCACAUCUACCACAUGGGCCAGGCUGGCUUCCCCGAGGCUCGGGCCGUCUUCUAUGCCGCGGAGAUCUGCUGCGGCCUGGAGGACCUGCACCGGGAGCGCAUCGUGUACAGGGACCUGAAGCCAGAGAACAUCCUACUGGAUGACCAUGGUCACAUCCGAAUCUCUGACCUGGGGCUGGCUGUGCACGUGCCAGAGGGCCAGACUAUUAAGGGUCGUGUGGGCACUGUGGGCUACAUGGGGCCCCAGGGCUUGGUUCCUCCCUCCUGCCCAGCCCUCACUCCUGUUCCACCCUGCCCAGCUCCGGAGGUGGUGAAGAAUGAACGGUACACAUUCAGCCCAGACUGGUGGGCGUUAGGCUGCCUCCUGUAUGAGAUGGUCGCAGGCCAGUCCCCCUUCCAGCAGAGGAAAAAGAAAAUCAAGCGAGAGGAGGUGGAACGGUUGGUGAAGGAGGUGCCUGAGGAAUACUCGGAGCGCUUUUCCCCGCAGGCGCGCUCGCUCUGUUCUCAGCUCCUAAGCAAGGACCCUGCUGAGCGCCUGGGGUGUCGGGGAGGUGGUGCCCGCGAGGUGAAGGAACACCCCCUCUUCAAGAAGCUGAACUUCAAGCGGCUGGGAGCUGGCAUGCUGGAGCCGCCCUUCAAGCCUGAUCCCCAGGCCAUUUACUGCAAGGAUGUUCUGGACAUCGAACAGUUUUCCACAGUUAAGGGUGUGGAGCUGGAGCCCACUGACCAGGACUUCUACCAGAAGUUUGCCACAGGCAGUGUGUCCAUCCCCUGGCAGAAUGAGAUGGUGGAGACCGAGUGCUUCCAGGAGCUCAAUGUCUUUGGGCUGGAUGGCUCGGUUCCGCCAGAUCUGGACUGGAAGGGUCAGCCACCUGCACCCCCCAAGAAGGGACUGCUGCAGAGACUCUUCAGCCGCCAGAGGUGAGCAGUGUGGGCUCCCCGUGGGUUGGCCUUGCUGCCCGGCCUCGGGGAGCCACAGGCAGCCCUUCCAUGGCAGAGGCAAGAUGUGGGCGAAAGAAGUCUGGUGCCCGCUCCCCCCUUCCCCCAACUACUCCGUUCCCUGCACCCUGGCACCUUCAAGCUGCUAGCCUUGCUUAGCCAUCUGUCCCCCCAUGCUCCGCCUCCACCAUCCCCAGGGAAGAGGGUCUGGACAGGGCCUUGCUCUGUCAAAGCCCGAGAUCCACCUGGACCCUCUUACUUCAGCCUGCUGCCAGUAGCCUCUGCACCGAUGUCCACACAUGUCUGGCCUGAGCUGCUGCUCCAGGCCCCUCUUGGGGAGCCCCCAGCCCAGAGCAUGGCUCCAGGCAGCUCCUGGCAGGGCCGGCCUGGGCGGUGGCACUAGUGGCUAAUGGCACUCGCUCUGCCUCUCUCCCUCCGUGUCUUCCCCAUCCCUCCAGGAUUGCUGUGGAAACUGCAGCGACAGUGAGGAAGAGCUCCCCACCCGCCUCGAGCUCCCCACCCGCCUCUAGCCCCCAGCCUGAGGCCCCCAUCGGUGGUUGGCAGUAGCAGCUACUCCGAGCGCUGUUUACAGUUUUGCACAGUGGUCUUCCCCAUUGCCCACGCAAGCUGUGGCCUGGGGAACACAGCCGGAGCUGUCCCCGGUGUCCUCUGCCCCUCAGCCCCUGGUCUGGCUGAGUUCGGGCAAGGCCUGGGCUGUCCCUGGGACAAAGGUGCGUCCCUUCAGCUCUUGUCUGUGGAGCUCGGGGCUUUCUGUAUUUAUGUAUUUGUACGAAUGUAUAUAGCAACCAGAGCGUUCUUAAGACCCACCCUGGAGCUGGCAGCAGGGCCACUGCCAAACUCAAGGCUCCUUGGGCCUAGCUUGGACAGGCCGAAACUGGGCCAGGAAGGCCCUUGAGCCCCCAGCACUGUGCUCGCCACCGCCGACCUCCGAGUGAGACUCAUGCCUGCCUCUGCUGCCCUGGGCUCAGGCCACCACCUCUGGGGUCCAAUGCUGUCCCUUCUCAGCACUUGUCAAAGCUGGAUCUGGGGCCUCUAUAUCCCCUAGGCCUGUGCCAAAGUGUGACCAGAGAUUGGGCUGACCCUGGGACCCAUCAGUCCACUGCCCAGGCUGUCCCAGAUGGGUCUGCCUCUGCCUCCCAGCUCCCAGGGCGCCUCGUCCCUCAUGCUGGGCCCUGUCCUGAAGACACCUCUUGCAGAAACGCCCCAGCCCAGGCCACGGGAAGGGGGGAGGAGGUUGUCCCUGGCCAACUCUCAAACAUUCCAGACUCCCCUCUUAACAAUAGACACAUGUGCCCAGCAAUAAUCCAUCCCUCCCUGUGUGUGCCUGUGGGGUGUGUAUGUGAGUGUGCGUGUGUGUGAAGGGGGUAGGCUGAGGUGUGUGUGUGCCUGCACCCCAGGCCCCAGUUCUGGUCCUUCCCACAUUGUGAUGGCCAUCCUGAUCCCAGUGUUAGGGUAGCAUGGGAUUACAGGGCCCUGGUUUUUCCGUAUUUAAAGCCAAUUUUUAUUACUCAUUUUGUCCAAUGUAAGCUGCCACGUGUCUCUGAGUGAAUACAGUCGAGCACAAACCUGG